CUUGAUCAGUGUGCAAGCAGGCCGUCGACUUCUGCGGGCGGCUAUGCUCGGGAGUCGCACCCGCAAGCGUGUUCUCAUGUGGCCCUCGCUUCAUCCACUUUUCGUCGUCGUCGUUCUUGCAAGGAGAACUCCAUUUGCAGACAGCAUUUUCCCACGGCGCUCCAAACUAGCCACAGCCAUGCUCUCAAUAUCAGGUAUCGGGCUUCGUAUGCCUCCGCUUCUUUGAUCAUGUCCUCCCAACCCCUUGUCUUCCGGGCCAAUUCUCUCACGUCCUUGUCCUCACACUCCUACUUUCCCGUUGCAGGCACCCGAUCCGUUGUGCAGAGAUGUGUUGCCUCAGUGAUAUCAACAAACACCUGCAGUAGUAGAUCCCUAGCAACAACGACCCCCGGCGAAAUCCGCCGCCCGCAAGUCUACACCCACGGCACCGUCGCCGCCACCUCCCCGCACUCGACCGCACUCUCGCACCUCCCUCCCACGCCCGCCACCCACUCCGGCCCGCGUCUCAGCGGCCCCAAAACCCGCCGCGCAUUCAUCGACCGGCUGAUUUCCGACGGCGGCGACAAAAUCGUCACCUUUCGCAAAAAUAUCCUUCACACAGAAUACACGAGAUUCCUGACGCUGUGUGAUCAGAUAAAGGGGCAGCCGGUGGACAGUGCGUUGUUGCAGAUGAGGUGGUUGAGGAAACCGGUGACGAGGAAGAUGGAGGCGGCUGUGGGGGAGGCGAUUGUGAAAGGGAAGGAGGAGGGGUUGGAGUUGGGGAGGACUUAUAUUGCUGACGCAUACGUGAAGAAAAACGGCGCCAUCCUCCAAACGCAACUCCUCAAAAAGUACCUCCGCGGACGAGGGCGUUACGGCGCGACUCCCCACCCGAUCACCACCUUACUCGAAAUCACGCUCCAGGAACGGGAUACGCCGUUCAAGGCGGUGCAGAAGGAUCCGCUGGAGUGGGUGCGGGAGAGGUUGAGGCAGCGACAGGUGCUGUUUGCGAAGAGUGCGGAGGAGGUUUAUAGGGAGGUUAGGGGGAGGAGGAGGAUUAAGGAGGUCUACUGUUGAAAUGAGGGAAUCUGAGGGCGUACGAGAGAGGGUCCUGCGUAACACGUGUAUUUAAUCCAUUGUCCUAUGCAACACAGACUCCAGAUGCAUGUUGAAAGUCCAUCGUCCUUACGCCGUGGCCUACACUGUGAAAAUCUCCCUAAGAGCCAACCUUCACGC